AUGCCUUUAGACAAGCGAGAUUCUUUGGAAUUUCCUGAAACAGACAGAGUCUUUCUGGAGCCUCACUUGCCUCGACAAGAUGGCACAACCCCGCGAUCUGAUAUGCCUUUUGCUACAUUGACGUUCGCGACAUCAUUAGACUCCGCCCUCGCCUUAUCGCCCGGCGCACGAACAACACUUUCAGGGCCCCAAUCAAAAGCCAUGACCCACUACUUGCGGUCCCGCCAUGACGGAAUUCUAAUUGGAGUCGGGACGGCAAUAGCAGACGACCCGGGCCUCAACUGCAGGAUUGCAGGAGUUGGAGGUUAUGGAGGAGAGGGUCUAAGUGGCCAGCCACGCCCAGUAGUGAUAGAUUCAAAUGCUAGAUGGGAUUUCUCAGAUGACAGCAAACUAUUCCAACUGUGCAGACAAGGUCGUGGCAAAGCACCUUGGAUUGUGACUGCGCUCCCGGAGCCCCCAGCCGAGAAGCAAAAACUACUUGAAAGAUAUGGAGGACGAUAUAUCUCAUUACAGAUGAAGAGCUCGACUGGCGAUCACCACCGUAUUGACUGGAGCGACCUCCUUGUGACUUUGCGAUCGCAUGGUCUUCAGAGUGUCAUGGUCGAGGGAGGUGGACAUGUCAUUAACUCACUGCUGGUCCCGCAGUACAUGUCAUUGAUCGAUAGUGUUAUUGUUACUAUUGCACCAACAUGGCUUGGGGAAGGGGGCGUGGUUGUCUCUCCCCCUAGGCGUUUUGAUGGAGAGGGAAAUGCCAUUUCCGCGGCUAGGCUGAGAAAUGUCAAGUGGUAUCCAUUUGGGGAGGAUGUUGUCUUAUGUGGGCAAACGCAGAAAUGA